GGAUUCAGAGACAUGCGGCAGUUUUUGAGAGAUUGAUGAGACAGAGAAGAACCAAGCUUUACAAACACUUGGAAGCGCAAUGUGUAUUACCGCUGAUGUACUUGACGCCGUGGUUCAUGGCCCUGUUUACAUCUCUACCCUGUUGGGACGCUGUACUCGCUAUCUGGGACAUGCUUCUGUUGGAAGGUAUGUCGGUGAUCUUCCAAGUUGCCCUCGCCUUGUUGGAUGUGCUCUCAGUUGAGAUUCUACCGCUGACAGAAAUAGCGCAAGUUUUGCCAAUCUUGCUGCAUCCUCCAGCAAGUCUGGUAACUCGUGAAAAGUUAGUUACAGCGAUCUGGAAAGUGAAACCGAUUCCGAAGUGGGAAAUCGACUCAAUUCAAGCUGUGAUAGACGAAGAAAAAGAAAAUCUUCAAGCUAAGAGAAGUAAAAGAAGUUUGAACGACCAUGACGCCGGAAACAGGAGAAAAAAACAACGAACACUCAGCAACCAACCUUCUCAAGCCCUGCCUGAACCGUCCUUUUUCCAACGCUUCAUUGGGCUGUUUUCAUCAAAAGAAGAGCCUGAGAUUCAAUUCAAAACCAACGACAUAGAGAUGACCACAUUUUCAGUCGUCAGCGGUCAGAGCCCGGAUGUACUGAUGCCUGCGUUAUGUUGUUCAGCGGCAGGAAGAACACUGAAUAGAAGAGGUAGUCCUAGGAGACCCUUAGCCCGGUCCAGACGUCAGCGAAAUAAGGCGUCACAGAGAAGGUCCAACAAUGGGAAGGAUAUGUUAAGAAAACGUCAAGUGGUGUGUCAGGGAACUCUGGGGAGUCCUGUGAGGAGAAAUCAGCGGUUAGCAGGACUACGAACCCCGGUGGGGACAAAAGGCAAAUCUCCCAGCAGUCUGGUGCGAAGUUCUGCCACAAAUCAACACGCCUUCAAGCUUUUCAACACUCCGACACCUUUGAGGCGUUCUCAGGUCAGACCUCUUCGUCAGCAUUCCUCGCCAUCCCGCGCGUUAUCCCGAGAGUCAUCGCCAAGGUCCGUCGGGUCACCUGACCUCUGUGCGUCCCCGGAUGUGGAAAUGACGUCAUUUGAUCUCACAGAGAAGAGGCUGGACUUUUCAGAGAAAUAAAUGCUUGUGCGUUGUAUGAAGCUUCUCUGGAUGACAUUGUUCAUCUACAUUUACAAAAUAUUUCAACACACCAAGCUUUCAGGCGGUGAUUUAUUGGAUUAUAGAAUAUCGGAUCCGUUAUAAGCCUGUGGAGACUAACUAACGGGUGUUUAGAGACCCAUA